CGCCGCUACGCGAGGCCGGGGAUUGGCAGCGCGCGUAGGCCGCGCCGCCGCCGAUGGAGCCGGAAUAAAGGGGCGGCAGAGAGAGCAGCCGGUCGCCGCUCGCCCCGCGCCCGACCCCGCGGGCGGCCUGGAGCAGGCAGAGGAGCCCGGAACCUGAAAGCGGGUUGCAUCUGAUUCUGAAAGUUCCUCCCUCUCACUGUCAUUACCUUAUGCUGCCACAAAGUGAACCAGUCCUCGGGGAAGGCAGAGGCUCCCUGGCAUUGCUGGCACCCUGCCUCGAAGAACCCCCCCAUCCUGUAGGCAGAGCCUUGUAGUCCGUCUUGGUUAAUGACUUGCGCCGUCUGACCAGUCCCUCUUCUGUGCCUUGUCCGAGGUCCUUCUCCAUACCUGAUCCUGGGCAACUUCUCUCUCUGGGUUGGGUCACCUUAAGCAGGGAAACUGAAGCCAUUACUCUCCAAACCCUGUUUCAUCUUCCCAAGCAUGUCGGAAAGCUGGCAGCAGCCGCCACAGACGCAGCCGCAGCAGCCUCAGCCACCACAGCCUCAGCACCACGCAGAGCCACCACCGGCCCUGGCCGAGCACACACUGCCCCCGGGCACAGCUGAGAACCCGCUGGGCUGUGCGGUCUAUGGCAUCCUCCUGCAGCCCGACCCGGGCCUGCAGCCCCCCCAGCACGCGCCCCUGCAGGCAGCAGGCGAGCCAGGCCCGAAGUGUGGUGUGUGUGGUCAUGACCUGGCACACCUGUCCAGCCCACAUGAGCACCAGUGCCUGGCAGGCCACGACCGCUCAUUCCAGUGCACGCAGUGUCUCAAGAUCUUCCACCAGGCCACUGACCUGCUGGAGCACCAGUGCGUGCAGGCCGAACAGAAGCCUUUUGUCUGUGGGGUCUGCAAGAUGGGCUUCUCGCUGCUCACCUCGCUGGCGCAGCACCACAGCGCGCACAGUGGCACCGGUGGCCUCGUGAAAUGUUCCAUCUGUGAGAAGACCUACAAGCCCGCCGAGGCGGCUGAGCCAGCGGCCACUGCUGCCCCCUCGCUGCCCCAAGCUGCCCCUCCACCUGCGGUCGCUCCUGCUGAACAGGCCGACAAACCCUACAGCUGCCCCAUCUGCCAGAAGCCCUUCAAGCACCUGUCGGAGCUCUCGCGGCACGAGCGGAUCCACACCGGGGAGAAGCCAUACAAGUGCACACUGUGUGACAAGAGCUUCAGCCAGUCCUCGCACCUGGUACACCACAAGCGCACGCACAGCUCGGAGCGGCCCUACAAGUGCGCGGUCUGCGAGAAGACCUUCAAGCACCGCUCCCACCUGGUGCGCCACAUGUACGCGCACUCGGGCGAGCACCACCUGUUCCGCUGCAACGUGUGCGAGUUGCACUUCAAGGAGUCGUCAGAGCUGCUGCAGCACCCGUGCACGCCCAGCGGGGAGCGGCCCUUCCGCUGUGGGGAGUGCCAGAAGGCCUUCAAGCGGCCGUCGGACCUGCGGCAGCACGAGCGCACGCACAGCGCCGAGCGGCCCUUCAAGUGCGACCUGUGCCCCAUGGGCUUCAAGCAGCAGUACGCGCUCAUGCGGCACCGGCGCACGCACAAGACCGAGGAGCCCUUCAAGUGCGGCCUGUGCGAGAAGGGCUUCGGGCAGCCCAGCCACCUGCUCUACCACCAGCACGUGCACACCCUCGAGACCCUCUUCAAGUGCCCCGUGUGCCAGAAGGGCUUCGACCAGUCGGCCGAGCUGCUGCGGCACAAGUGCCUGCCGGGCGCGGCCGAGCGGCCCUUCAAGUGCCCGGUGUGCAACAAGGCCUACAAGCGGGCGUCGGCGCUGCAGAAGCACCAGCUGGCGCACUGCUCCGCGGCCGAGAAGCCGCUGCGCUGCACGCUGUGCGAGCGCCGCUUCUUCUCAUCCUCGGAGUUUGUGCAGCACCGCUGCGACCCAGCCCGCGAGAAGCCCCUCAAGUGCCCGGACUGCGAGAAGCGCUUUAAGUACGCGUCAGACCUGCAGCGGCACCGGCGGGUGCACACGGGCGAGAAGCCCUACAAGUGCCCCAACUGUGACAAGGCCUUCAAGCAGCGGGAGCAUCUCAACAAGCACCAGGGGGUGCACGCCCGGGAGCAGCAGUUCAAGUGUGUGUGGUGCGGUGAGCGCUUCCUGGACGUGGCCCUGCUGCAGGAGCACAGCGCGCAGCAUAGCGCGGCGGCUGCAGCUGCCGAGGGCGCCUACCAGGUAGCCGCCUGCCUGCCCUGAGUCCCGCCAUGCCCCCCACCAGGCCCAGGCCAGCCCAGCCUCCUCACGCCCAGCCCUCUAUCCAGCUGGGUGUUCUCAGGCCCAGGGCAGGAGGAUGAAAGGGCACCGGGCAGGUGGAGGGUGUGGGUGCCUGGCACUCCUGGUACCGGCCUGGAGGUGGGGGGAGUCUGGUUGCUGUGACUGGUCCUGAUUCCACAAACCUCUUUUCCAUUACAGGAUUCGCUUUCUUGAGAGCCGUCAGCCUCCCUUGUCUCAGGGGGGCCUGGAGCCAGGCUGGAAGUCAAGUGGCCUCUCUCUGCCCCCAGGAGGGGGUGGUACCAGCCUAAGCUUCCCCAGCCUUGCCUAAUUAGAAACCAGAUAGGUUAGGAAAGAGGAUGGUCAUGGUGGGGCCUGGGAGAAGGGCUGGACCCCAGAGGUGGGCUGGAUGUAGGGCAUCCCCCUUCGAGUUGCUGUUUGAGUAAGAAGGCCAGCUUUGUGAUGUGGUCCUGGGGACCAGGAGGGCAGACUGUGGGCCACAGGCCUCGCUGCUCCAGCCGGGGGCGAUGCUUUCUCUGUUUCUGACAGGUGAGGCAUAUAGGAGGGCUGUACAUCCAUGGGCUGGAUCUGCCUGGAGAGCUGUUGGCCCAGCCGGAGGAAGGAGACAGAGAGGUUCUCCUGUGACCACUCAGCCAGAGAGUGUGGUCCACAGGGAGAGGAGGAGAGGCGGCCUUUGCACUGAGUCGAAUCUCGCUGCUUGGGAAGGGCCCCUCUGCCUGUGCAGCAGGUGCCAACCUAGCUCUGGUUGGGAAUGUGCUGUCAGCCAGAUAGAACUGCUGAUGUGAAAGAAGGAGAUUGUUAGACCACCUGGUGCCUGGGAGGAAGCAGGGCUGAGCCCGUGAUCUUCCCAGUGGAUGCGAACACGUGUCCUCCCACUUGAAUUGUGUGAACCAAAGCGUCAAGGGCAUGGCCCCAGUCAGUUUGCCUCAGCCCUACUUCAGGGCCAAGGCCAGGCCUGGGUAGCGAGGGGCUGGGGGAGGUGACAGGACUCUGGGAAUGGCAUCUGACUGCACAGUGCCCUCCCAGCCCAUGGGAACCCUCCCCCAUCAGUCUGGCUGCUGGCCUGGACCCCAGGGGGCUUGCGCUGCCAAGAUGCUCUGUACAGCAUCCAGCUACGUCCAAGGCCAGAGCAUUCUCCCUUGGGUCUUCCUAGGGUCCCCCUAGGUCUCUGGCUGCCCACAGGGCUCGUGCAGCCAAGGAUGUCCAGGGCUUAGGGAGCAGGCAGGGAAAGAGGGUUGUUAAGGAAACCAGUAGGUAGCUGCAGUCGACUGAUCUCACUGGACGGCAGGGGCCCUCAGGAAGCCCAGAGGACCUUUAUUAUCAAAGAGAUGAUUUUGAACCCAGCUGUGCCCCUGCCAUCUCCCAGCCCCCUCCCCUGGUCGUGGGUCUUAAAAGAUGACUUUGAUCAGUGCAUGCACCCAGGGCCCAGAGGAAUAGGAGACCCGCCUGGUCCCACUCUCAGCUAAGUCUAAACAGCCCACGUGGGCCGCCUCUGUCUGCCUGGGUCCCCUUCCUGUGCCUGCAGAGAGGGGCUGGGGCUCCCCUGGGUGCUGGCUUUCAGUCACAAUGCCUCAAAAGACGGGGAACCCAGGCUGACAACAGUCUCAACGGCUAAUUUUUUCCUUUCAUUUUGCUUUCUAAAAGCAGUUGUUAUACUAUUCAUAACAUUGUAUAGUUUAAUUUCAUGUCAUUUUGGAUCUUCUAUAAAAAUGUGAGAAUCUGGAUUUUUAAAAAGAAUGACUCCAUUUUAGAUAGCCCCUUUUGAUGUUAAUAUAUAGUGAGUCCAAUGUAUGCUUUAGAAGUAAAGACAUUGAC